AUGACUCCAAACGCCGAUCUCCCCCCGCCCGAAACCCCGGAGGUCCAGCUCAAUGAAAGUCCGCGCAAGCGAGUCAAGCGGGUCGAGCGUGAAAGAAAACGUCGUGAGCGGGCUGAGCAGACCAAUACUACAGAGCAGCCAGAGGAUGAGCUCGUGGUAUGUGACGAGGGACACGCCCUCAAAACGAUCAAGUCCCGCCAGCACCAGUCCGUUGCCAAGCUGGAGGCCAAGUACAUAUGGUUUCUCACCGCGACGCCUUUGCAACAAUACCGACUACCAGGAGAAGAGAGGAUGAUGAAGUCGACGUUCAAUUCCCCAUUAUUCAUUGCACCACGCCGGGUCCCAGUUACAAGCCAAGACGAAACGGUAUACCUGAUUUCCACGGGCGUGGGGGUAUAG